AAGUUAAAGAGACAGACUGUAAUAAGAAACAUGAUGACUUAACUGGAGUUUUAGAAACGUUUGGAAAUUGGAUUCAGUUAGUAGCAAAAUCAAAUAAUAAAUUACAAAAACAACAGCUUAUCUGA